UUUAAACCGGACUUGGAUCUGGCACUGGAUCAACAUUCAGUGUCGUCGGUUGUUUGUUUAUUAAUUAAUUAAUUAAUUAAUAGAAUAAACAAUGGAAACUCUAUUAGAACAACAACGUCGUUAUCACGAGGAACGUGAGCGGCUGAUGGACGCGAUGGUAAAGGAAUUACUUCACAAAAAACCAGGACAUCGGGACAGUAUUAAUUCAGAGCAUCGUUUAAAAAUGUUGUUACAACAAUACAUGGACUGUGCAAUGCAAUUACAAGAUUUAUAUGAAGAUAAAGAUGGUCAGCGUAAAGAAGAAGUCCAAGCGCUGUCAGGUCCAAAUGAAUUUUCCGAGUUCUACGCCCGUUUAAAAUCAAUAAAAGACUUCUACCGGCGGCACCCCAAUGAAAUCAGCGUUCCGAUGUCCGUAGAAUUUGAAGAACUAGCGAAAAUGCGAGAGAAUCCAACAGAAGAACUCGCUAAUUGGAUAGAAUUCACCGACGAAGAGGGCUACGGCAAGUAUCUAGACCUCCACGAGUGCUACGAGAAGUACAUAAACUUAAAAGGUAUUGAAAAGAUUGAUUACAUAACAUAUUUAUCAACCUUCGACCACUUGUUCGAUAUUCCACGGGAGCGUAAGAACGCUGACUAUCGUCGGUACCUCGACGCCUUGCUGACCUACCUCUCGGACUACAUCGAGCGCAUCAAGCCCCUGCACAACCUGAACACUGACCUGGAGGAAGCGAGAAAAGAGUUCGAGGUCCAGUGGGAGCAGAAUAAUUUCCCGGGUUGGCCAAAAGAAACCGGCAGUGCUCUGACCAAUGUCGGAGCGCAUCUAGAUCUGUCAGCUUUUUCUUCCUGGGAAGAGUUGGCUUCUCUGGGUCUUGAUCGACUCAAGUCCGCGCUGAUGGCACUGGGACUCAAAUGCGGUGGGACUUUAGAGGAACGAGCCCAGAGAUUGUUCAGUACCAAGGGCGAGGCUUCGCUGGACCCGAACUUACUUGCGAAGAAUAAGAAUAAGAAGGCAGGAAAGGGCAAGGACGUGGCCAAGCAAAAGGAAGUCGCUUGUCUUGAGGCCCAGGUUUAUCGUCUUGCUGAGAUAGUCUCGACUCAGCGGGUCGCAACUAAAGAAAACGUUCAGCGGAAGCAGGCGCGAACUGAAGGCGAGCGCGGAGACUCUGACGCAGAGGCCAGUGCUUCCGAGUCUGAGGAAGAAGACGACAAUGAGGUUCCUUAUAAUCCCAAGAAUUUGCCUCUAGGCUGGGACGGAAAACCCAUUCCUUACUGGCUCUACAAAUUGCACGGACUCAACAUCAGUUACAACUGCGAGAUCUGCGGUAAUUUUACUUACAAAGGUCCCAAGGCUUUCCAAAGACACUUUGCUGAGUGGAGACACGCCCAUGGUAUGCGAUGUCUGGGUAUCCCCAACACCGCGCACUUCGCCAACGUCACCCAGAUUGAAGACGCGCUCGCCCUCUGGGAGAAACUCAAGGCCCAGAAGCAGGCGGAGAGGUGGCAGCCAGAGCAAGAGGAAGAGUUUGAAGAUUCUCUUGGUAAUGUCGUCAACCGGAAGACUUACGAAGAUCUGAAGCGCCAGGGACUCUUGUAAAUUAUUUAUUUAUUUAAUUAAUUAAUUAAUUAUAUGACACGUAAUUAAAUGAAUGAGUGGGUGAUAAUAAAUUUUUUCUGAUAAAUUUAA